GUGGGGGGAAUCCUCGCUCCAGCCGGGGGGGCGGGGGGCUGGAUCCCCCGGCUACAUGCUGCAGCCCGUCCCUCUAAAGAAACAGAGGAGGAAGCAAGGGGGCAGGCAGAGGGCCCUGUGCUCUGGACGCGGGGAAUGCAGUUUCAGAGGUCCGGGUCCAAGUCGCUCCCUUCCCACCUCCCAGGGGAGACGAGCGGUGUCCCAGGGGUGGCGGAGGGGGUGCCCGGCUCGCGCAGAGUAGAGUUUCGGCCGAUGGGCACCAGUGUCGUGUCCAGCCGGUGCGCACCCCCGGGCAGUCACAGCCAGAGCGACGCGGGGCCGCCCGGGUGGGUGGCGGGGCAGCGGCGGUGGCCGUGGGAUUCCCCCUCUCCAGGACCAGCCUUCGCGGAGGGAAGGAGCCGGCCAGUCGGCCGGCCGGCCGCGAGCGGCGUGCUCGAGACUGCGGAGCCGGGAUCCCGCCGCCACAGCCGGCAGCAAGGAGCCCCGCAGCGCCCGCCGCACUGGCCCCUCGGUCCCUGGGGGCCAAGGACUUCGGCUGGGCAGCCACAAGGGCCCGAGAUCCCACGGGGUUGGCUGCGGCUCCCGGGGGACCCCGAGGAAACACCCCCACCUCCAGCAGCUGUCAGCGGUUGUAAAACGCACCCCCCCCCCCCAAUCUUUCUCCUUCGCCUUCCCUCCUCCCGAGGCCGCAGAGCGGGGUCACUAGCGGCCGGAAGCCAGAGGCAAGUCGGCUACAGAGAUAGCGGCGGUCCCGAGCCUCGUCCCCCUGUUACCUGUGAGGACUCCGACUCGGAUUUGAUGAUCGUGCCCUCGCGGGGGGGUUGGCACCUCCCGUGCUUUAGGAUUCCCUCUCCAAGGUUGGACCUCCGGGACCGUCCUCGCUGGCGAAGCCGAGGAUUCUGCGGCACAGCACGCACAAUGGAGAUUCCCGGCUUCUUCGUGCUCCCACUGCCUCCAGGUUUUACGGCCUUAAGCUUCAUCUCCAUGAUCUAUAUGCCUUUAUGUGAAAAGCACGAAUCUUAAGAGAAAGCAAGCAUGUUCCUCCCAGCUGGACCUCGUUUACAAAACUAGAAAUGGACAAUUGAAUUCCAUUUCAGUAGUUAUGGAAUGAGAUUACGGUGAAAGUGACCUUGUUGUCAACUACUAUAUGAUCUUUCUUAUUAGUUACCUGUGGCUAGUUGACACUGGUUUCCUAGAUCUUUUUUUUUUCUGGCACUUUCAACUUCUGAAUUUAAAAAGUAUGUGUUAUAUGCACAUACUUAAAUAUCUGUUAUAGGUAUAUAAAUAUGUAUCAGUGCACAUAUUCCUUCUGUUCUUACUCAUGGUAAAAUCUGGGAGGCAGACACAUAAAAAAGCAGUGAAGUGUCAUGUAUAAUCAAGUCUGCACACAACUGAAAUUUCCAAGAGGUGUUUUUUGUUUGUUGUUCCUUCCAUUGGCACAUGAACUUACCCAGCCUCUAACAGAACAUUCCCAAUUAUGUUUUGUUUUAAAAUAAUGUAUAACGUGAUGCAUUA